UCCCCGCCUGCCCGGUGCGCGUCUCCGGCCCGGCCUCCCCAUGCAGUCCCGGCUUCUGUGCUUCAGCGGCGGCCCCGCAGCGCGGAGAGUCCGGCUCAUUCUGCAGCAGGUGGUGCGGGGCCGCCUGGCUGCGGAGAGGCAGCUGCAGCCGGAGGUCAGGGCGCUGCACGGCCCGGGAGCCGCCGCAGGGGAUACUGUUACUAUUGGAGAUGUGUCAUUUAAACUCAAAACGCCAAAGAGCCCAGAACUUGUGCCACUGAACUACAUGUCAGACAAUUUGGCCCAAUCUGUAGUCCAACAUCUAAGAUGGAUAAUGCAAAAAGAUCUUUUGGGGCAAGAUGUUUUUCUUAUAGGGCCCCCUGGACCCCUUCGACGCUCUAUUGCCAUGCAGUACCUGGAGCUGACCAAACGAGAGGUUGAGUAUAUUGCACUAUCAAGGGACACCACAGAAACAGAUCUGAAACAGCGCAGAGAGAUCCGAGCUGGGACUGCUUUUUAUAUUGAUCAGUGUGCAGUCCGUGCAGCUACAGAAGGCAGAAUCCUUGUGUUGGAGGGUUUGGAGAAGGCAGAACGGAACGUCUUGCCUGUGUUAAACAAUUUGUUGGAAAACAGAGAAAUGCAGCUUGAAGAUGGGCGCUUUCUUAUGUCUGCAGAACGUUAUGACAAGCUGCUACAGGAACAUACUAAAACUGAGUUAGAUGCAUGGAAGAUUGUUCGAGUAAGUGAAGAUUUUCGUGUGAUAGCACUGGGCCUGCCAGUACCUAGAUAUUCUGGUAACCCAUUGGACCCUCCUCUUCGUUCUAGAUUUCAAGCAAGAGAUGUUUAUCAUCUACCCUUUAAGGACCAUCUUAAGCUAUUAUACUCAGUUGGAUCAAAUGUUUCUGCACAGAGAAUCUCUCAGCUCUUGUCUUUUGCUACAACUCUCUGCUCCCAGGAAUCUUCUAUGCUGGGACUUCCAGAUUUUCCUUUAGACAGUUUAUCAGCUGCAGUUCAGAUUCUGGAUUCCUUCCCUAUGAUGUCAGUCCAGCAUAUAAUCAAAUGGCUUUACCCUUAUAAUGUUCUACUAGGAAAGGAAGGCAGGACUGCAGUAGAAGAUGCAUUAAAACGUUUUGAGCUCCAGGAUUCAGAAAGCCCUUUGCUUCCCAGUAGGAUUAAAAAAGUGGAACAAAUACAUGGAAGCAAGACCUUACAGGCUGAUGUAACUGUCCAGAUUGCUGAAAAAGAAGUGAAAUUCCAGGUCCCAGCUGGGACUAGACCAUUAAAACUGUGUUCUGGAUCAGACACUUUCAUAGAGACUUCCAGCCAUAAGCAGCUGUUGGCAGAAAUGAUGCAGUCACAUAUGGUUAAGGAUAUGUGUUUGAUAGGCGGAAAAGGCUGUGGCAAAACAGUUAUUGCUAAGGAGUUUGCCAAUAUGUUAGGAUACAACAUAGAGCCUGUCAUGCUGUAUCAGGAUAUGACAGCUCGAGAUUUGGUGCAGCAAAGGUAUACUCUUCCAAAUGGAGAUACUGCUUGGAGACCAUCUCCACUUGUUACUGCUGCCUUGGAUGGGAAGCUUGUUAUUCUUGAUGGUAUUCAUCGCGUCAACUCUGGCACCCUAGCUGUACUACAAAGGCUAAUCCAUGACAGAGAACUGACUCUUUAUGAUGGCACCAGAUUACUAAGAGAAGAUAGGUAUCAAAGUUUAAAAGACGAACUGCAGCUCUCCGAUAAGGAACUACAACAGAGGUCCAUCUUUCCUAUCCAUUCCUCAUUCAGAAUAGUUGCCCUGGCAGAGCCUCCUGUCAUAGGAAGUAGCACAAAGCAAUGGUUGGGCCCAGAGUUUUUAACUCUGUUUCUGUUCCAUAAUGUUAAGUCUUUCACCAGGAAUGAAGAAAUUCAAGUUAUUAAAGAAAUGAUUCCAAAUGUGCCCACGGUUGCGGUGGAACAGUUGUUAUCAUUAACACACAAGCUUCGGGAGACAAAUGACCCCACAGCACAGUCACUGGCAUCAUCUUUGUCCACACGACAGCUAUUACGAAUUUGUCGUCGGCUAUCACAGUAUCCAGAUGAAAGUCUCUACCAUGCUCAUAUGAUGGUGAUGGAGGAUAUGCUAAAAGACUUUUUGCUGGGAGAACACCUUCUUCUAGUUGGCAACCAGGGCGUGGGGAAAAACAAGAUUGUUGACCGAUUCCUUCACCUGUUAAAUAGACCCAGAGAAUAUUUACAGCUGCAUAGGGAUACCACUGUACAGAGCCUUACUCUGCAGCCUUCCGUUACAGAUGGCCGUAUUACAUAUGAAGACUCACCACUGGUGAAAUCAGUCAAGUUGGGGCAUAUUCUGGUUAUCGAUGAGGCUGACAAAGCACCUACAAAUGUUACCUGUAUUUUAAAAACUCUUGUGGAAAGUGGAGAAAUGGUUCUGUCGGAUGGAAGGCGCCUUGUUGCCAAUCCUGCUAAUGUAGAUGGGAGAGAAAAUGUAAUAGUAAUUCAUCCUGAUUUUAGAAUGGUAGUUCUAGCAAAUAGACCCGGAUUUCCCUUUUUGGGAAAUGAUUUUUUUGGCACACUAGGGGACAUUUUUAGCUGCCAUGCAGUUGAUAAUCCCAAACCACAGUCAGAACUGGCUAUGCUUAGACAGUAUGGACCGGAUGUUCCUGAGCCAAUCCUUCAGAAACUGGUGGCUGCUUUUGGAGAACUGAGGAGCUUGGCUGACCAAGGAAUUAUUAACUAUCCUUAUUCAACCAGAGAAGUUGUAAAUAUAGUAAAACAUUUACAGAAAUUUCCAACUGAAGGACUUGCAAAUGUGGUUCGAAAUGUGUUUGACUUUGACUCCUACAACAAUGAAAUGCGUGACACUUUGAUCAGCACUUUGCACAAACAUGGGAUACCGAUUGGAGCAAAACCUACCAGUAUACAGCUGGCAAAGGAGCUACCCUUGCCAGACCAUAAAUUUAUGGGCUACUGGAGAAUCAAUCAAUCAGGGAACGCACGGCGGAAACUACUAUGUCCAACAGAAACUCAUCAGUUAAAUAUAAAGGGUCCAGUAUAUUUAAAUGUUCAGGGAUUUCCACUGGAACGGCAUGAAGCAAGGUCCCUCAGUUUCACAGAAGAACUUGCUUUUUGGACACUGCCUUUGAAUGAGGUUAACUUAGUCUGUGAUGUUGCUGUAGCAGAAGACGAGACUGAAAAUAUGCUCUAUGUGGCUACAUGCAAUCCAGUUUCCUUAUAUUUCAUGAAUGUAUCUAGUAAAAAUGGAUACUUUGUGGAUUGUUAUGACAUCUUCCCAAGAACGGCUGGCAGCAUAUGGCAACCCUUUGUGACUGUGGCACCUCUAGGAAAUCCACUCAAAGGGCAAGUGAUUCUUCAUGAAGAGCAGAGUAAUGUUGUCUUGUUGCUGGAUACGAAAACUGGUGCCAUUCAUAGACUUUUACUCUCACCAGAUACCCAAGAAGUUCCAAAGAGAGCAUCCUGGUGGGGCAACAAGGAGGAGCCGAUCAGUCACAAAAUGUGCAGAGAGUUUUCACAUAAAAACUGGCUGGUGUUCUACAAAGAAGAAGGAAACUACCUUAUUGUGCUGGAUGUACUGGAGGGUCGAACUCAUACUAUCUCACUACCUAUCAAUCUCAGAUCCGUUUUCCUAGUGGCUGAAGACCGUUGGCUCUUGGUGGAAAGCAAAACAAAUCAGAAAUUUCUUUUAACCAAGCCAGCGCAUAUGGUAUCUGAAGAGAGUGGAGUUUGCCAGCUGCAUGCAUUGAAUGAAGACCCAGUUGACAAGGGUUUUGGUUUAACAACAGCAUCCGAUUUGUGUGUGCCGCACACAGUUUCAAGUGACCAACUAUCUUCAGAGAACCUAAGCGUAGCUGUGGAACAAAAGAUCAGCUCUCCCAACAGGAUUCUCUCGGAUGUGCAUAAUUAUGCUACUAUUGUUGUUGGCUUCCCAGAACUUAUGUCUCCCAAUGAGGUGUACAGCUGGAAGAGAGGCUCCUCGCUGGGCAGCCGACAUGCUUCUCCUUCUGAUCCAUUUUACUAUGGGAGGCGCAGUAAAACCGGAGUUGCAAAACAAAUUAAUUGUGUGACUUUAUUAGCUACUAAUCAAAUAGUCAGAAUUUUAACACCUGGAGACAUCCCUUUGAAAGAACUUUAUCCAAAAGAUAUCACUCCUCCGCAAACAGCUGGGUAUCUGGAAGUAACCGACCUUAACUCAAAGAAACUUAAAUACAUCCCUAUUCCCAGAUCAGUGUCUCUCUCUCCAUAUACAUCAUGGCUGUCAAAGAUCUCGGACACAGAUGUUCUGUUGGCACCACUGGGCAAAGUAGGUUUGGUUACAGUGGAUAUGGGAGGCAGUGUCAGGCUUUGGGAGACAGGACUUGACAGCCUACAGCGUUCUCUGCAGGACUGGAGAAACAUGAUUGGACAAGAGGAUGGUAGACCUGUGCAGAUAACCAUUGAGAGAGACAGUGGUUUGGAAGUGAGCUCCCCUAAGCAUGGAAAGACAGAUCCAGACAACAUGCCCCAUGUUGGCGGAAACACCUGGGCUGGUGGAACAGGUGGGAGAGACACAGCAGGGCUGGGCGGCAAAGGUGGGCCCUAUAGACUGGAUGCUGGCCAUAAAGUUUACCAGAUAUCUCAGGCUGAGAAAGAUGCUGUUCCUGAGGAGGUGAAGAGAGCUGCAAGGGAGAUGGGUGAAAAGGCCUUUAAACAGAGAUUAAAGGAGAUCCGGAUGAGUGAAUAUGAUGCAUCUACUUACGAAAGGUUCUCUGGAGCUGUCCGAAGACAAGUCCAGUCUCUCCGAAUCAUCCUAGACAAUCUGCAGGCCAAGGGUAAGGAAAGACAAUGGCUGAGACACCAAGCUAUUGGAGAGCUAGAUGAUGCCAAAAUAAUUGAUGGACUAACAGGAGAAAAAGCUAUUUAUAAACGACGGGGAGAGCUUGAGCCAGAACUUGGUAGCCCUCAGCAGAAGCCUAAGCGUUUGCGCCUGGUAGUGGAUGUUUCUGGCAGCAUGUACCGCUUUAAUGGGGUAGAUGGUCGACUGGAGCGUUCCAUGGAGGCUGUCUGCAUGGUCAUGGAAGCUUUUGAGAAUUACGAGCACAAGUUUAAGUACGAUAUCGUUGGACAUUCAGGAGAUGGCUUCAACAUUGCAUUGGUUGGGAGUGACAAAGUUCCCAAGAACAAUAAGCAAAGAUUAGAGAUUAUUAAGAUAAUGCAUGCCCAUGCUCAAUUCUGUAUGAGUGGAGACCAUACUCUGGAAGGGACGGAGCAUGCUGUUCGUGAAAUUGCCAAAGAAGAGGCUGAUGAAUAUUUUGUCAUAGUCUUGAGCGAUGCAAACCUUGAACGAUAUGGUAUCCCACCAGCAAGAUUUGCCCAAACCUUGACCAUCAACCCUCAAGUUAAUGCUUUUGCCAUAUUCAUAGGAUCCUUAGGAGACCAGGCAGACAGGCUGCAGAAGAUGCUACCAGCAGGCCGGUCUUUUAUUGCCAUGGAUACCAAGCAGAUCCCCCAGAUCUUGCAACAGAUCUUUACAUCCACCAUGUUGUCCAGUGCCUAAGAAGUUCCCGUUACUAUUAAAUAAUUGGACAUUGUAACAAGCACAAUUGAGAAACAAGCUGGCUGGUGAAAGACAAAAUCAGCGCCUGAUGAAGAUAAGAACUAUAAAACUGAUAAAUAUAAUUUUCAUAUUGAAAUAUUAUAGUCCCUUAAUUGAAAUGC